AUGGCAACGAAGCAGCCGAGCAACUCAGAAGACACUAAUGUCUCCAAUUCCUCAGGAUGGGAACCCUCCAAAAAUAUGUAUUGUCAAACGAGACUUGACAUCCCAAAGAACACUUGUCAGACUCUGGUGCUUAUACUCUUCAAUCAAGCAGAGAACUACCACGGAGCCUUCCGGAACGAGAUGAUCAUUAACACUCCAAUUUUCAGGGCCUAUGGACAUGGGGAAUUCCUGGGCAUCUCCAAGUGUCUACGUUGCAUUGACGGCUGUUUCCCCAGCAACACAGGCGUAUCGGUGCUUAGCUUCGAUAAUUAUGAGGAGGCUGUUAAGUGCUUGGAGUCAAAGACCGAAAUUCGGGAGCUUAAUUGGAUGGGAAACCCAGAGAUGUACUUUGUGCCUUUGUGCAAUCCCAUCCGACAUCUCAGUGACUUCCAGUUCCUACAAAUGGAUAUCUACGACAUUAAAAAUGGUGUCAACUUUGUCAAAUACAUCAACACUGUUGAGAAUUUGGUCCAGAAGAAUGGCGGCUUGGUAAUUGCAGGAACCACGGAAACUGGGAAAUUCCGAGGGAUGCGCCGACCCAUGUACAUGGUUUUGCAGCAGUGGCAGACUAUUCAACAGGUGGAACAAUUCAACAGCGAGAUUUCACCCAUCCUUCGCGACGCUGGUGCAGCUUGUUCAACACGCGUAGUGUUCGAAAUGGACGCCUACUGCUGUGCUUGCAUUCGAUAG